CGUGGGCAAAGCAUACUUCCACGCCAGCCACCCGGUGCUGUUUCCUCAUGUGUUCAUGCUUCCCGCUCGGUUUGCCUCUCCUGGACCACAAAGGGUUAAACUAGUUCCCUCCCUAGUUGGAGGGAAGGCCAGGGGGGCGGGAGGAGAAGCAAACUGUCUUAGACUAGGUACCUUGUAGCUGCAAGUUCGAAAUCUGUCAUCCUCGCUUUAGAGUUUGGCAUCUCCCAUUGUCACCAGUGAGUAAUGAUCAUAGGGAGAUAAGAUCGCUCAGCCGGGUUGGGCGGAAUCUCUGAGAAAAGACGUUUAACCACUUCAAUCGUUCACUUGCCGAAGCCCUCACUCCAGUGUCAGAGUUAAAGAAAGGAGCCACAAGACCGCGGCAGCUCGCUUGCUUCCGAUCCUCCAAGCCUGAUAAGACAUCUGGGACGAGGGUAGCAAUUGUCAACAAUGGGAAAGGGAGACCUUGGUGGCGAUCCUUAAAACAAUACCAUGCAGCAGGAGCCCAGCUACUACUGUACCAGCUUUUUCUCUUUUCACCUUCCUGACCCGGUGGGAUUUGGAUGAACUAAGUCGGAGAUUUCACCAGCAGGUAAAAAAAGAACUCCGGAGGCUCAGACCAAGAAUUGACUGAAUUGAGAUGCUCACAGGCUGAACAACACUGACCUGAACUACAACUGAAGACAGAAGCCUUGCCAGUCCAUUGUGGUUCCUUUGGUAGUGAGCACGCUGGCAUCACGUAUCACUUGUUAGGGGAAAAAAAAAAGACCUAUCUACUGCAUUUCCAUGCACAUGGAGGAAGGCAGUAAAGAAGGCAACUCGAGGAUGAUGAGACUGGGGCUUUCCUAGCUGAUUACCAGAAAACAAUAGCAGGAGGAUUGUUUUACUCUUCUCCUUCAGGACUUUACCGUUGCUUGAGUGUUGGACACUAACAGAACCUGUUCCCUGCCUUUUCAGUUUUGCCACCUGCCUUUAUUAUUUCCCAUCCCCCAGCCACUCUGUAUUUUGUUUCUUUACUUCAGAGAUGGGCCUAAAGACUACAAAGUGGCCUAGCCACGGGGCUUUGCUUCUGAAAUCUUGGGUUAUCAUUUCCCUGGGGCUGUACAUGCAGGUUUCUAAAAACAUGGCGUGCCCUAGUGUGUGCCGCUGUGACCGGAACUUUGUCUACUGUAAUGAGCGAAGCUUGACCUCAGUGCCUCUUGGGAUACCGGAGGGCGUAACCGUACUCUACCUCCACAAUAACCAAAUUAAUAAUGCCGGAUUUCCUGCAGAACUGCACAAUGUACGGUCGGUGCACACAGUUUACCUGUAUGGCAACCAACUGGAUGAAUUCCCCAUGAACCUGCCCAAGAAUGUCAGGGUUCUGCACCUGCAGGAAAACAACAUUCAGACCAUUUCUCGAGCAGCUCUUGCUCAGCUUUUGAAGUUGGAAGAGCUACACCUGGAUGACAACUCCAUCUCUACAGUAGGUGUGGAAGAUGGGGCAUUCCGAGAGGCUGUAAGUCUCAAGCUGUUGUUUCUGUCUAAGAACCAUCUGAGCAGUGUGCCUGUUGGGCUCCCUGUGGAUUUACAAGAACUGAGGGUAGAUGAAAAUCGAAUUGCUGUUAUAUCAGACAUGGCCUUUCAGAAUCUCACAAGUUUGGAGCGUCUAAUUGUGGAUGGCAAUCUCCUUACCAAUAAGGGUAUUGCUGAGGGGACUUUCAGCCAUCUCUCAAAGCUCAAGGAAUUUUCUAUCGUGCGGAAUUCACUGUCCCACCCUCCACCUGAUCUCCCAGGUACGCAUCUGGUCAAGCUUUACUUACAGGAUAACCAGAUAAACCAUAUCCCUUUGACGGCAUUUUCCAAUCUCCACAAGUUGGAACGGCUGGAUAUUUCCAACAAUCAGCUGCGGAUGCUGGCUCAAGGGGUCUUUGAUAAUCUUUCCAACCUGAAGCAGCUCACUGCACGGAAUAAUCCUUGGUUUUGUGACUGCGGUAUUAAGUGGGUCACAGAGUGGCUCAAAUUCAUUCCUUCAUCUCUUAAUGUACGUGGUUUUAUGUGCCAGGGACCAGAACAGGUCAGAGGCAUGGCUGUCAGGGAGCUGAAUAUGAAUCUGUUGUCAUGCCCUACCACUACACCUGGAUUAUCUCUCAUUACCCCACCCCCAAGUAUUGUUCCUCCAACCACACAGAUUCCCACUCAGUCUGCAGCCACCCCUAGUAGAAAUUAUACUCCUCUGACGCCCACUGUAUCUAAACUCCUCCCCACUGUGCCUGACUGGGAUGACAGAGAAAGGGUGACCCCUCCGAUUUCUGAACGGAUCCAACUCUCAGUCCAUGCUGUGAAUGACACUUCCAUUCAAGUCAGUUGGCUUUCUCUCUUUACUGUGAUGGCAUACAAACUCACCUGGGUGAAAAUGGGUCACAGCCUGGUAGGGGGCAUCGUUCAAGAACGGAUAGUCGGUGGUGAAAAGCAGCAUCUGAGUUUGAUCAAUUUAGAGCCCAAGUCUACCUAUCGGGUGUGCGUAGUGCCGCUGGAUGCUUUUAAUUACCGAGCUGGAGAAGACACCAUUUGUUCAGAGGCUACCACUCAUGCCUCCCAUCUAAACAAUGGUAGUAACACAGCUUCCAGUCACGAGCAGACAACUUCUCACAACAUGGGUUCCCCCUUUCUUCUGGCAGGUUUGAUUGGGGGUGCAGUGAUAUUUGUGCUGGUGGUUUUGCUCAGCGUCUUUUGCUGGCACAUGCACAAAAAGGGGCGCUACACCUCCCAGAAGUGGAAAUAUAAUCGGGGCCGGCGGAAAGACGACUACUGUGAGGCGGGCACCAAAAAGGACAACUCCAUCCUGGAGAUGACAGAAACCAGCUUUCAGAUUGUCUCCUUAAAUAACGAUCAGCUCCUUAAAGGAGAUUUCAGACUGCAGCCCAUUUACACCCCAAAUGGGGGCAUUAAUUACACAGACUGCCACAUUCCCAACAACAUGAGAUACUGCAACAGCAGCGUUCCAGACUUGGAGCACUGUCACACGUGAUAUCGAGGGGGGCAGGGAGACACCAAGCGGACAGUGAAAUUCUUGGAGAAUACAUACAUACAAACAUACACACACACACACACACACACACACACACACGUGUGAGCAUAGAGACACACAAAUUACAUUUGAUAAAUGUUACACAGAUGCAUUUGUGCAUUUGAAUACUCUGUAAUUUAUACGGUGUACUAUAUAAUGGGAUUUAAAAAAAAGUGCUAUCUUUUCUAUUUCAAGUUAAUUGCAAACAGUUUUGUAACUCUUUGCUUUUUAAAUCUUUAAAAAAAAAAGUUGCUGAAGUACUGUACAGGGUUGUACAAUGAGAACCCAAUGCCAUGGCAAAGGAAAGAGUGAUUUUUCUGUACAAUGUACAUUAACCAUUUUGCUGUCGAAGCUGUCAAAAGACAUUUUCUUUUUCAGAGCCACUGGUCAAGGUCCAAGUACAAAUUAGAGUGGAUUCAUUAGUACAGGAUAAUUUAAUUUCUAUUUUUAAAAAAAUCUAACCAAGCAAUUCCAUUGCUAUUUCUGCACUUCCCAGGUUUUUUCGGGUGGGAGUGUGUGAAAGUCGAAAUUACAAAAUUAGGGAUGGGCAAAUUGUACCAAAAUUCUGGUUUGACCCAGUGCAGGAAAUAACUGCUGAAUCACAAGGAGAGAACUUCAUUCUCAUGAGAUAAUUUGGCCCACUUGGCAAAGCCCAAGAGGAUUAAUUAAAAUUUCAAAAAGCUUGAAAACUUUGGAGUUGGCUGAGUAAAUGGUUUUUAAAAAAUCAUCAUAGUGUCCCAACCCUAUAUAAUUUGACAGAGUUAGAGACCAGAGUUACAUUUAAUUCAGACGUAUUGCCAAAAUGAUGAUUCAGAAAGAAAAUCAACUCCAUUUGAAAGUGUUUAUGUUCAAAUCAAGUAUAAGGCUAAACCAAAUUCAACUGAAAAGUUUUCCAAUACAUUGUUUUAAGAGAGAGACUAACACAAUAGCAUAAAAGAAAUACUGAAUUAAAUUAUUUUUGAUAUAGAAGAUUAUUUUGGGAAAUUCAAUAAGGCUGUGUGUCUACAUGACUGACCAAGCAACUGAGUGGAGGAAAAAAAACCAUUCAAGUUAGGUGUUUUUUUUUUCAUUGUCAUGUGGUUAAAAAAAAUCUUGAAAUGGUUAUUUUACUUAAUAUUUUACUUUUAAGCCAGUUGUGUUGGUCUCAUGUAGACAAAGCCCAAACUCAUGCCUUUCCUUCUCUCAAUUUCUUGUCUUCCAUUCAGACAUUUUUUGGGGGGAAGAACCCACAAAAUUAUGUUAAUUAUACUCCACUUGGUUCUCAUCUUUCCUUAGUUUUUCAGGAAAAGUUAUUUAUGACACUCUGGGAUGCACAAAGACUCACCCAAGUGCACCUAUAGCUUAUGAAACUCGUGUCCGUUAUCACAGCUAAUAGUAGAUCAUAGAUCCUAGAGUUAGAUUUAGGAGGGACCUUAGAGGUCACUAUUAAGGCCUACCAGUGCUGGCCCAAAACAUUAUAUAUAUUUAUAUAUUCUCCCCGCCCCCAAGCAAUUUCCAGGUUCAACAAAUACAUUGACUUUUUUUCCAUUUUGCAGUUUACAUUUAAUUGAUGGAAAAAAUGAGCAAACUGGAUGUUUUAUAAAGUUUUCUGCCUAGUCCUGUCAGAGCACGGGAGAGAGCAAAAGGGGAUUAGGAGAGGAGUUAUCUAAGUGUGAUAUGCUAUGUUUUUGAAGCUCUGUCCCUUAUUUACAGAUUCCAUGAGAUCCUUGGAAAGCCUAAAUCAUUUUCUCCUUUUUAUCCCCAAGGUGUAGAAGGGCUGUGGAUGGAGAUGGUAGGCAUUAUCUGAAAGUUUGCAUCCUUUUGAAGUUCUAGUUAAAAAAUUAAAUUUAGAAAUCUCCCUCUGUACUAUGUGUUUUCUAUUUCUCUUACUGUAACAGUUGUUUUUUUUUUUUUUAGGGAGCCAUGUGGCAAGUGUCACAGAGUUGUCUUUGUUUUUAUUUUGUUUUGUUUUUAGAGGAAAAAAAUAAGCUGUGAUGUGUCUUCUUUGUAUAACCUUAGGUAUAAAAUGCUAUGCAAGUUUUUUUUUCUUUAUAGUAAAAGCCUUAUUUCCUCAAUACUUUCCCUCUCCCCAGUACGUUUUAACUCCUUUGGCCCUUUGGGAUAAACAAACUAAAAAAAAUUGUAACUAGCUAUAUAUUGUUAUAGACAUCAGUGCACCAGUGUGCAUUCAGCCAAGGUGAAAUUUCAGGCUUUGUAUGAAUUCUGGAGUGACUGAGAUUUCCGUUGUAUUGUAGCAGCUCAGCACUUGGGUUGCUUACUUAAUACUAUCUCUACAAUAAGAGUGAAAGGCGUUAGGUUGAGCAAUGAAAGAGCCCAGUCUGGAAAAUUCAGCUAAAUACCCAGGGGGAUCUCACUUAAUUACCUAAUCACUUCAAGUCUCCAACAUAUUUAGACUUUAUAGAUAACAAUAUAUUUUCAGGAAGAAUGCUUUGGCUUCUAGUUAAAUAUAGAUUCACAAUACUACUUAUUUAUCCUCACGUGAUUUCAUUCCCAAAGGGCCUCUGGCCAACGAGAUUCAAAACUCAAGAUGGGUAAGUUUCCCAUUUUCUUAAAUCUUCCUGUGGCCUACACAGCAUGUGGGGUUAUUUGGCACUAGCAGAUACAACAGAGUUCUUGGCCUAGAGAAUGAGUUACAGUUCACUGAAUGGGUACCAUACCCAUUAUGCUAGAAAGAUGAGUUGUAAAAGUUUCAUUUACCAUUAACCUUGCUUAUUUUGAUUUUCUGUAUGACAUAGCAAAUGCUCUAUUGAAAACAGAAUUCUUUUUGAAUAUGGUAUUUGGGAAUUUCACCUCACACUAAAUGCAUAGAUUCUGUGAUGUAAUAGUGUUCUGUUCUAUAAUGGACCCAUGUUGCUGCUGCCUCACCAUAGGACUUGUGUUUGAAAUUAUGUUUCAAGUGAUGGCCAUAUUUGUGCAAACCUGUCUGCGUCCUAUCUUGGUCCCUCCUGUGGUCGAUAUACACUGGGAGAUAGGUGGCCAAAAUUAAGUGGGAAGCCAAAUCCAUAAAGCAGAAGGAUAUUCACUGGUUCACACAUAAAGCAAGACCUAUGGUCUUGACUUCCACGGUAUAAUGUUUUAGCCAACUGAGUUAAUUUGAUUUAUAGUGUAUACAUUUUAGAAGUAUGUGACUCUAUCCUGGCAAAGAAGAAAUGUUAAAAAGAACAGGAAUAAAUCAAUAUCUAAUGACAGUCAUUAUCCAUAUCCAUGAUUGCCAUUUAAUACUGAUGAUGUUUGGAAAAGAGAUUUGAUGAUGGAGAUGCUGCAACCUUCCCUCCCAGUGUCAACUACAUUUGUCUGUUGAAUUUGCAACUUCAUUGCAUGUGUUAGCAGGAAGAGACAUCUGGUGUUUCCCUGCCUUUACCUUCCCAGGGCUUCUGAACAAGAAUACUGCAAGUGAAAUUCAUUCUCCCUUGUGAGCAUUAUUAUAUUUUCUAAUUAUCUGAAUGUUUGUGGAAGAUAUAUUAGGAGUUUCCCCCAAGGUGAAAAAAAUACAAUAUGACUGGUCUGAGAAAAAAAUUUAAAAAAAAACUAAUGAAGGAGCUAAUAUUACAGCUCCAUUUUCUACUGGAGCAGAUCAUAAUCUUUUUAGUCAUUUCAUGGGCGUUAGAAAAUACCUCCCCACUGGGAGAAAACUUCUUCAUGUUGUGAGCAAAGCAUCCAUACAAAUCACAAGGCAAUAUUGUUGUAACCCAUGGGGAGAACAAAUAAUGAAUUUUAUCUACCAAUCUCAGCAGCGGGUUCAGCCACAGCUAUUGACAGCGAAGUGGUUAAUUUCCAUUUAAUCCUUUGUUCAUAGCAUUUCUUUAUUCUAAUUUAUAAUGAGGAGACAUUAAAGUUUUACUUUAGAACAUGAGAAUAAUAGUUUUACUCAUGACUUAUCUUCCAGCCAUACAAAAAAGCAAAACAGAAGUGAGUGCCCCAAAGAGAAAACAAAAAUAACUCGAGUGCUAAGCCUCAUGUGGCCUUGCCUGAUGCUUCUUUUCACACAAGGAAGCUGGAGUUUUCAUCCUUCCCCAGUGGUACGACAGGAGUCGCUUUGGUCCCUGUAGUUGCAAGGGGAAAUUGAUUGAAUAAAGUUUGGCAAAACAGUGAUACUGUACAUAUAAUGGAAUCAAAAGACUUGGUUGUUAUUAUUUCUCUAGUAGCACACCCACCAGACUAGCACAAAGCAGGGCUGUAGAGGUCAUAGAGUUUUCUGGUAUUUAAAAACCUCCCUGGGGCAUUGGAAAGUUAUUCCCUAGGAUGUAAAAUGUGUAUCAGUUUAGAGGCAAAAUGAGGCAUUAGGCCAAUGUGUGUCCCUGAUAUAAGCAGAGUGGCAUAAAGUAUACUUAUUAAAAGUUUAUCAUGAUGAUUUGUUAUUAAUUGAGCCACAUGUUGAUUUGGUUCUUGUUUACCUUGACAUGGAACUCCAAGGGGCUGGAAAACCUGCAUUAUACAUCUUCUGAGACCUACCAUGUUGCACAUGUUAACUUCAAGACUUCACUCUACGCUAUACAGUACCUUGUUGAUAUAUUAAGUAAAGACUUAUUUUAAAAAAAA